GCACGUCUUGUUUUCUCAUUCAAGUGAACAUAGAUUUCCCAUUCUGCUAAGGAUUUGGUGGGUCUUCUACUUCCUAAUGUCAUGUUCCUGUCUUGUUAUACAUCUUGACUUGUAUUGGAAACAUUCAUCCUUGCCAUGCCUACUAUGGGUCUCUGAUGUUGUAUCCAUUAUUUUUGGUUUGUUCUUUUCCUUUGCUGGGUUGUUUGGCAAGAGCCAAGAAGAUGGAGAUUCUCAACUUUUGGAGCCUCUUUUGAAAGUUAGUGACAAUCAAAACAGUGGUGAAGACGGACAAACAUCAAGUGUUAAUGGGGAGAAGACUAUAAUUCCUUAUGCAAAUGCCAAUCUUUUUAGUAUUUUUACUUUCUCUUGGAUGGGCCCUUUGCUUGGACUCGGGAAUAAAAGAACACUAGACCUUGAUGAUCUUCCUCAGCUUGCCGAUUGUGAUAGUGCCAAUGUCGUCUUUGCUCGUUUUAGAAAUAAACUUGAAUAUGAUGGAAAUGGUGAUCAAGUAAGCACACUCAAGUUGGUGAAGGCAUUAAUUCUCUUAAUGUGGAAAGAAAUUCUAUGGACGGCUUUAUUAUCCAUUGUAUGCACAUUGGCUUCUUAUGUUGGACCAUACCUUAUUGAUGCUUUUGUUCAGUAUCUCAAUAGCCCUCAUCAGCUAAAACAUAAAGGCUACGGACUAGUGUUUAUUUUCUUUCUUUCAAAGCUCAUAAGGUGCCUCUCAGAGAGGCAUUUGUUCUUUAAAUUGCGAAAUAUGGCAAUUAGGGUCCGUGCUGCCUUAUUCUCAAUAAUUUAUAAGAAGGGUCUCAAGCUUUCAAGUCAAUCAAAGCAGGACCACACUAGUGGGGAGAACAUUAAUUUGAUGAGCGUUGAUGUUGAAAGGAUUAGCUUUUUCAGUUGGUACUUACACGAUAUAUGGAGGGUACCUGUUCAGAUUGUUUUAGCAUUGUUAGUCUUGUAUAAGAGCCUUGGAAUUGCUUCACUUGUAGCUUUUAUUGUCACCAUGAUUUUGAUGUUAGCAAAUGUUCCAUUGGAAAAAUUACAAGAAAAUUUUCAAGGGGAAUUGAUGGGUUCAAAAGAUCAAAGGAUGAAGGUAACAUCUGAGGCAUUGAGGAAUAUGAGGAUUUUGAAGCUCCAAGGCUGGGAGAUGAAGUUCUUGGCAAAGAUAAUUAAGCUCAGGAACUUUGAAACAAGAUGGUUAAAAAAAUUAAUUUAUUCAUCAGCUUUGACUGCUUUUGUCUACUCAUCUGCUCCCAUGUUUAUUUCUAUGAUAACCUUUGGUUUUUGUAUUAUUAUGGGAAUUCCGCUACAGUCAGGGAAGAUUCUAUCUGCACUUGCAACAUUUGAGAUAUUACAAGUGCCCAUUUAUAGUCUCCCAGACACAAUCUCAAUGACAGUCCAGACUAAAGUUUCCCUCGAUAGGAUAGCCUUAUUCCUCUGUCUCGAUGAUCUUCAUCCAAAUAUAGUACAACAAUUUCCAAGAGAUGGUGGCGAUAUUGCAGUUGAGAUAGUUAAAGGGAAUUUCUCUUGGAACCUUCAUUCCCUUAAUUUCACAUUAAAUGAUCUUAAUUUUCCAGUAUCCCAUGGUAUGAGAGUGGCUGUUUGUGGUUUUGUUGGGUCAGGAAAAUCGAGCCUACUUUCAUGCAUAAUGGGGGAAGUACCGAAGGUAUCUGGAAUCAUUCAAUUGAAUGGGACAAAGGCCUAUGUUGCACAAUCACCAUGGAUACAGAGUGGUAAGAUAGUAGAUAAUAUAUUGUUUGGUAAGAAAAUGGACAAGGAUAGGUAUGAAAUGGUCCUUGAAGCAUGUUCAUUGAAGAAAGACCUAGAAUUAUGUGCCUUUGGGGACCAGACUAUCAUAGGAGAGAGAGGAGUCAACCUGAGUGGUGGACAAAAGCAACGAAUCCAGAUUGCACGUGCUCUUUAUCAUGAUGCUGAUAUUUAUUUGUUUGAUGAUCCUUUUAGUGCAGUGGAUGCUCAAACAGGAAUUCAUCUAUUUAAGGAGUGUUUGCUGGGAAUUUUGGGUUCAAAAACAGUAAUUUAUGUUACUCAUCAAAUAGAGUUUUUACCUUCUGCUGAUCUUAUCCUGAUUAUGAGAGAUGAAAAAAUUACUCAAGCAGGAAAGUAUGAAGAAAUUCUUAGUUCAGGAACUGACUUUAUGGAAUUAGUAGGUGCACAUAAGAAAGCUUUGGCAGACCUUAAUUUUGUCGAAAGUGGGGCUACUUUAGAUAAUUUAAAUAAUGGUGAGGAAGAUCGUAAUAUGUUAUCUAGCAAAAAGUCUAUACAAGAUGAUGAGGAAACAGAACCUAAAAAAAAACUUCUUGAGUCAGAAGGGCAGCUUGUCCAAGAAGAAAAGAGAGAAAUGGGUGAAGUUGGUCUUUCAAUAUAUUGGAAGUAUAUUACCGCUGUAUAUAAAGGGGCUUUUGUACCAUUAAUAUUGUUGGCACAAAUUCUUUUUCAGCUUCUCUUAAUAUUCAGUAGUUUCUGGAUUGUGUUGUCUACUCCCAUUUUAAAGGAUAUGAGACCUCAUAUUACAAGAUCCACUCUUAUCUUUGUUUAUGUUGCUUUGAUCCUUGGAAGCUCUCUUUGUGCACUUAUAAGGUCUAUGCUCAUUGUUACUGUUGGAUACAAGACAGCCACUCUACUCUUCAACAAAAUGCAUUUACGAAUUUUUCAUGCUCCCAUUUCAUUUUUUGAUUCUACUCCAAGUGGAAGGAUUCUAAAUCGGGCAUCUAUAGAUCAAAGUGCAGUUGAUAACUCUAUUCCACGUCAAAUUGAAGAACUUCUUAUCUCAGUCAUAGGAUUCAUAGGAACUAUUGCAGUAAUGUCACAUGUUGCAUGGCAAAUGUUAAUAGUUUUUAUUCCGAUGACUGUGACAUGCAUCUGGUACCAGCAAUACUACAAAUCUACAGCACGAGAACUAUCGCGGUUGGCUGGAGUAUGCCAGGCUCCAAUUAUACAACAUUUUGCUGAAUCUAGUUUAGGUUCAGCUACAAUCAGGUGUUUCGAUCAAGAAGAAAGGUUUAUGAAGACAAACCUUAAGUUGGUGGAUGGGUUUUCGCGGCCCAAAUUUUAUUUCUCUGGUGCAAUGGAGUGGUUAUGCUUCCGUAUGGAUAUGUUGGCAUCUGUCACAUAUGCCGUUUCUUUGGUUUUUUUCAUCUUAAUGCCGAAGGGGGUACUCAGUCCUGGUGUUGUGGGUUUAGCAGUGACAUAUGGACUUGAUUUUAGUUUGCAUGGGGUUGUAUGGGAUCUUAACAGAGUUGAGAAUAUAAUUAUAUCUGUUGAAAGAAUACUACAGUACACAUGCAUCCCUAGUGAACCCCUUCUGUUGGUAGACGAAAAUAAGCCAGGUUGUGAAUGGCCAUCACAAGGGAAAAUCGAUAUUGUUGAUCUGCAGGUCCGGUAUGCUCCACACCUUCCGCUUGUCUUGCGAGGUAUCAAAUGUACUUUCCCCGGAGGGAUGAAGAUUGGAAUCGUUGGGCGAACAGGAAGUGGUAAAUCAACUCUUGUACAGACUCUCUUUCGUAUGCUUGAACCUACAACCGGUCAAAUUUCACUAGAUGAUAUCAACAUCUCCAAGAUCGGUCUUCAUGACUUGCGAUCAAGAUUGAGCAUUAUCCCGCAAGACCCAACAAUGUUUGAAGGGACUCUAAGAAGCAAUCUUGACCCACUUGAAGAGUACACUGAUGAACAGAUCUGGGAGGCUUUAGAUAGAUGUCAACUUGGUGAUGAAGUUAAAAAGAAGGAAGGGAAGCUUGAUUUUGCAGUGACCGAGAAUGGAGAGAAUUGGAGCAUGGGUCAAAGGCAACUAGUCUGUUUAGGGCGGGUAUUACUUAAGAAAAGCAAAGUGUUAGUACUAGACGAAGCUACUGCAUCAGUGGAUACUGCAACUGACUAUCUAAUUCAGCAAACGCUUAAGCAACACUUCUCAAGGUCUACUGUUAUCACAAUUGCACAUAGGAUAACAUCAAUUCUUAAUAUUGAUAUGGUCCUACUUCUCGAUUAUGGCCUUGUACUAGAAUAUGAUUCCCCAGCCAAAUUGCUAGAGAACAAGUCAUCAUCAUUUGCAAAGCUUGUUAGGGAGUAUACUCAAAGAUGUAGUUCCUAGUUUUUGAAAGACUAAGUAGUUGAGGUUUAAAUGUUCAAAUGUAAGCAUGUUGUAUUAGACUGAGGUGCAUUGCUAUCUUGAGUAUAACAAAAUUUGUUUGGAAAGAUAGUGGAAUAGAUAUCAAGGCUGCUUGUAAUCAUUUGAGUUGGUAUUG